AGAGUGAAUAUUUCUUCAAUUGAACUUAUAUUGUGAAAGUGCAGUUCACUGUCUGUAGAUUGAUACUCUCUCUUUCUCUCUCUUGCUCGCUCGCUCGCUUCCACUCUCUCCCCGGACUCGUCGUCCUCUCAAGCGAUACAUAUUGUUCUCGUUUGCAGUUCUUGGGAAGUGAAGGGACCGAUCUUGAUCUGCUAUCAAGAUGGUUAUUGCUCUCUAGCUGAACCAAUCUUCUGCGUCCUGAUGAUCAUGAGAGGAGUAAGAUGAACCCAAUUCCAGGAGGAGGAGGAGGAGGAGGAGGUUUUCAAUCAGCGAAGCAAGAGGAAGAAAAGCAUGAGAUCAGCAGGAGUAUGUCCCGCUUGGUGCCGCCAUCAACUUCCAGGCAGUGGUCAGGUUUCCGAAACCCGAGGAUCGUGCGCGUCUCGCGCUCCUUCGGAGGCAAAGAUAGGCACAGCAAGGUCUGCACUAUUAGGGGUCUGAGGGAUAGGAGGAUUAGGCUCUCCGUGCCCACAGCAAUUCAAUUGUAUGAUCUUCAAGACAAGCUAGGGCUCAGCCAACCCAGCAAAGUCAUCGAUUGGUUGCUAGAUGCCUCUAAACAAGACAUCGACAGGUUGCCGCCGCUCCAGCUGCCUCCAAAUUUCGGCCAAUUCCACCAGCAAAUCCUAUUCCCACAUGAACCGUCAAGCGCCAACUCUCAACCUUCCUUGAUCUCUCCCUUUCUCCCCACAAGCUCAACAACAUUCUUGAAGCACGGGGUCAAGAUCACUGAGAGUAGUGUCGAUCACGGGGUUAAUGAUAGCGAAUCUUCAGCAAUGGCGAGGUCAAAGUUUUGGAACAUCGAUGCUUAUAACACACUGAGAGCGAAGAACAAGGAAGUCGAAAUAGAUGAUCAUAAUGGUCAGCCUCUUUCUGAGAAGGGCAAGUGGAUUGAGACCGAUGAAGUGCAUGACCAUUUGGGAUCAUCAGUCAACUCUCAUCAUGCACAAGUAUCAGCUCAGAACUUCUUCCCAAUCGUUAGUUAUUCCUUGAGUGGCUUGCCGAACAGCACCUUGCCGUACUCCUAUAAUAAUCAAUGGGAGCCUUCGAAUUUGUCAUUGUCUCAACUCGGGACUCACGGCUUUCAAUUGCUACCGGAUCAAAAUCCCCUAAAUUCCACAUCAAUCGCUUCCUCUUCGGCUCUUCCGUCCGCUGCUCCCCAGUUAUACUUCUGCCCGUCCGCGACGAUGACGCCGAUUUUUCCGUCCUACCCUUCGUAUCUUACCCCUACUGUCGAGACAGAUCCGAGGCAACUGAACCAUCUUCAUCUAUUGAACUCGAGUUCGCAACAACACAUCUUGCCUACUUCCCUCGUGCCGUCCCUUCAAUUGAUGAGCUCGCCAAUGAGAUUGCCAUUCCAAACGAGCACUAGUGCCAAAUUUCUUCAUCGGCAAGAUGAUGACGAGAGCGAAGAAGACGAGGAUGGAAACGGUUCUUGAAUCCAAACUCGGGGAACACCCUCUUGGAUGAAGAUCACUUUGGACAAUGAUCUCCCUAAGAUCUCUUGAUGAGGGUUUAUUAUUCAAUAAUCUUUGUGAGAGAUUGCUGCUUUAGGAUAUGGUCAUGAACAAGAAGUUGCAAAAUUCUUGAAAAAAGUAUAUGGACUAAUAAGCAGCAACAUCAUCAAGGUGGCAACAGUUUUCUCCUGUAGAUUUGUCUCCCACAAACGCUUCAUAAGUGCCUCAGUUUGGUCAGACAAGAAUUAUAAAGCUCCACGGAGUAUUUUGCCUGGCUCAUCAUCAACAACUUCUGCAACAGAGUAAGAUGCUUCUAUUUAAUGUUUCUUUUGUUCCUGCAGCUUCUAGAGUAGCAUCUCAGUCGUAUAUCAUGGCCAAAUGAUUUGAAGAAUGCAACAAGGACUCUCAUACAAAAUCAUAGUAUUUCCUUUUCUUUUGUUUUUCCUGUUUUGGCCUUGUAUUCGAGUGCUUAUCAUGCAUAAGAUACCUUAUACACGGGAUGUUUACAGCCGAAAACUCCAUAUGUUAAGUAAGUGCACAUUUAUUCGACAUCCGCCGUGUGUAUCAUAGCAUAAACUUAAUUAUGUCUUUAAUUAUCUGAAGAUCGAUAUCGUUUUUUGUUCCCCUCUC